AUGUCUUGUGAGGAGUGUGCCCCGGGCCACUACCGCGCCCAGACCGGCCCCUACGGCGGCUACUGCGUGCCCUGCAACUGCAACGGCCACUCGGAGACGUGCGAUCCGCUCACCGGGAAAUGCUUCGAUUGCCAACACAGCACCACGGGCGACCACUGUGAGAAAUGUAUCACCGGUUACCAUGGUGACGCCACGGGCGGCUCACCUUACGACUGUCUGAUCUGUGCCUGUCCUCUGCCGAUCGCCUCCAACAACUUUGCCAACAGCUGCGAGGUAUCCCCGGACGGUCUCAACAUUCGCUGCGAGUGUCAGGAGGGCUACUACGGCGCCCGCUGCCAGGCGUGCGCGGCAGGCUACUUUGGCACGCCGGAGAUCCAGGGUGGCUCGUGCCAGCCGUGCGGCUGUUCGGGGAACAUCGACACCAGCGACCCCGGCUCGUGUGACUCGAUCACUGGAGAGUGCCUGCGGUGUCUGAACAAUACGGACGGACCGGCGUGUAACCUGUGCGCUAAUGGCUACUUCGGAGACGCCGUGGUCAUCAAGGAUUGUCAGGUAUAG